CACCAUGAAGAGGCAAAACGUGAGGACCCUCGCCCUCAUCAUCUGCACCUUCACCUACCUGAUCGUCGGCGCCGCGAUCUUCGACGCGCUGGAGUCCCAGAAGGAGACGACCCAGAGGAAGGAGCUGGACCUGAGGAAAGCGGAGCUGCUCAGGAACUUCAACCUGUCCGCGGAGGACUUUGGCGAGCUGGAGAAGGUGGUGCUGGAGCUCAAGCCGCACAAAGCCGGGGUGCAGUGGAAAUUCGCCGGCUCCUUUUACUUCGCCAUCACUGUGAUCACCACCAUAGGAUACGGCCAUGCAGCCCCCAGCACAGAUGGAGGGAAGGUGUUCUGCAUGCUUUACGCCCUCCUGGGCAUCCCUCUCACCUUGGUCAUGUUCCAGAGCGUGGGCGAGCGGAUCAACACCUUCGUCAGGUACCUGCUCCACCGCCUGAAGAAGUGCCUUGGCAUGAGGCGCACCGAGGUCUCCAUGGUCAACAUGGUGACAAUCGGCUUCAUAUCCUGCAUGAGCACGCUGUGCGUCGGGGCGCUGGCCUUCUCGCACUUUGAGGGGUGGAGCUUCUUUCACGCUUACUACUACUGCUUCAUCACGCUCACCACCAUCGGCUUCGGGGACUAUGUGGCGCUGCAGAAUGAGCAGGCCCUCCAAACCCAGCCGGAGUACGUGGCCUUCAGCUUCAUCUACAUCCUGACGGGCCUGGCUGUGAUCGGAGCCUUCCUCAACUUGGCGGUGCUGCGGUUCAUGACCAUGAACGCCGAGGAUGAGAAGCGGGAUGCUGAGCAGAGGGCGCUCCUCGCUCAUAACGGUCAGGCGGGUGGACACAUCCACUGUUCUGUAGACCCCGCUUCCACCUCCUCCACGCCGUCUGGGUGCGGCGGAGGAAGCGCAGUAGGAGGCAGUGGUGGAGGGGCGGCGAGUCGGGGUCUACGUAACGUUUAUGCUGAAGUGCUCCACUUCCAAUCCAUGUGCUCCUGCCUUUGGUACAAGAGUAGAGAGAAGCUGCAAUACUCCAUACCCAUGAUCAUCCCACGUGACCUCUCCACCUCGGACACGUACAUGGAGCAGGGAGAGGCUUUUACCAACCCCCUGCACUCUAACGGCUGUGUGUGCACCCUGCAACGCCACUCGGGAAUCAGCUCAGUUUCCACGGGUCUGCACAGCAUCAACACCUACAGAAGACUCAAUAAACGCAGGAGCUCCAUCUAAACUCGAAGAACUCAAUACUUUAAGGUCAAGUCCACACAGGAGGAACCUUCUACUGUGGUACGGGAUUAGCUGAGGACAGCAGGGGGACACAACUCCAGUCCUAAAGACACGCAGCACUCCUGAUGUUGGCUUCUCUCUGGCAGCCUCCAGACUCCAUGUAUUUAACUUCCAUUAGCAAAGCACAAACCAUUUAGGACUAACAUCGUUACUGAUGUCACUGAGAAGUAAUGCUAAUGGUUGUUUAAGAAGCAUUCGUUACACAAACUCUGGAAUUGUUGCUGUUAGAAGACAGGGAGAAAGAAACACGUGCAGCUCUCUCUGUACAUCUGAAUUCUUAUAUUAAAUAUCACAAUAUUGAAUUCAGUUAUUUUCUUUGUUAAUAAGACAGAAUUUCAUGUUUUAAUAUGAAAAGGGACAGAGUACACUGUGAGACACGUUUUUAAGAAGGAUUGUACAUAAUGCCCCGCUUAGAAGAAAUAUUUUAUUGUGUAAUCUUAAAUCCACCUUUACCAAAAAAAGACUCUCCAAAAGGACUCUUUGGUUGUAUUAUACUCACUGCAGUGAAACUAAAAAGGUGUAUAUAUUUGGACACUUCUCUCGUAGGUGUGUUUGAGGAAAAGCUUAUUUUUUCAGUGAAAGAUUUAAAACAAAAAUGAUUCUCCGUGUCUUAUCCUGUGUGUCUGUAACUGAAGUUCAGGUUCAAGCCACUCUCUCUGUUUUCAUCUGUUUGUUUGUUUUUCUUCCAUGAGAAAACUCAUGUCGAUGGCAUUUAAAUGACGAUGGAGAAUGAUCGGGCAGGUUUGGCUUAAACGUCUUUCUGAAUGACGGGACACCUGUAGCUGUCGUGGGGAUAAAACCCAUGACGGUGCCUCUAACCACUAGGGGUGUACAUCACUAGUUUCAUCACGAUACAAUGUUAUAUCGAUUCUUUGGACAACAAUACGAUAUUUGCUGAUUUUACAACGUCUUAUGAUUUCGAUUCAGUUAAGUUCAGACAAUAUCAUCUGCCCAUUUAACACAAUUGGUCACCGAAGAGGCUGCUACUUAUUACUUUGCUUUUGGCCAUGAAAGAUAAAAACAACACCUACAGCUAUAGGUAUAGCUAUCACAAUUAAGUGCAGUAAAGUUUACUUGGAAGUGGCUCCACUAACACACAUAAAACAGCUCAUGGGAUAAGUUAACCUUCAGGGCUUUCUGCCAAAAAUCGUUUCACUUUGACCCAAAUGCUAACCUUUUUCCUAAAACCUCAAGACUAUCUGUCUUAAAGCACUGAAGACAAACUUCUCCCAACAGCCAUAAAACAUGGAUUAAAAACAAAAUAAUUUUCCAGUGUGUGAGUUUCAGGGGGAUUUAGUGGCAUCUAGUGGUGAGUAUUGCAGAUUGCAACCAGCUGAAACGUCUCCCGGUUAGGAUUCCUUCAGUGUUCAUUGUUCAGGUUUUUUUUUUACUGGGCACCAAAUUACCCACAGAGGUCUCCUCCUCUCCGGAACAAACGGACCAGUUGAAUAAAACCAGUAAGAACACUGAAUAAAUCAGUUUCACAAUAGAAAUCAGUCUGUCUCCUAGCUGCUAGCCGCUAACCCAGCACCUGCUAAUGUGUGCUCACCUUUUUUCUCUGAUAGCUUAAGGUCCAGAUGUCCAGGAGUUUUUUUUUCAGGAGCUGAAUUAUCCACAGAGGUCUCUUGCUCUCUAAAACAAACAGACCAGGUGAUUUCAACCAGUAAAAACACAGAAUAAAGCAGUGUUACGUUAAAAAUAAGUGUUUUUCCAUUGCUGUUUGGCUCAUAGCGUAGGGGCUGCUAACUACGAUUGCUAAUGUGAAAACACAAAAACCAGAAAUCUUGAAAAAUAUGAAUGACGCUAUCUAAAGCCAGUGUUUGGUUUGUCCAUUUUGGGCUUCUGUAGAAACAUGGCAGUGCAACAUGGUGAUCUUCGUAGACCCACUCCUUAUGUAGUUCAUUUUAAGGUAACAAAAACACAAUGAUUUUUAUUUUCCGGUGAUUUUACACAAAGGAAAACGUAUCCAUUUCUGCCAAUAUAUCCCUCUAAAUAACACACACUGGACCAUUAAUAGAAUUCACAAAAGUAUAAAUUUGUUAGUCACCAUUAUUAGCUUAAGCACUUUCACACUGCAGAAAUUAGCCUAGCGACUAGCAGAGUUUUCCUCUGUUCAUAGCCUAACUAAUUACAUGUAUUAUUUAUACUUUUUCUUACUCACCAUUGUGAGUACCGUGUUCUGUCAUCUCCUGACAGAACAGCACGUUUGAAUCUCAGCCUGCAUGUGUGUUUUUUCAGAUUUACAUUGUUAAAACGGAGCAGCUAAUGUUGCCGUAGCGAGAAGUUAGCAGAGUGAUACACUGUCCAGGCAGGUACGACUGAUUUAUUCCCGAGUAAAUAACAUUAUCCUCAUCUUUUCUUCAUGGUUGCUUGUCAGUAUCAGCCUGGUGCUGUUUGACGGUGACACAGAAUUUCAAAGUAAAGGCGUAUCAUAAAGAUGACGAUAUUGGAUCGUUGAACACUGAAUCGAUAUAUCAAGAUCAAUGGAUGGUUACACCCCUACUAACCACUAGGCCUCCCUGCCGACCCUUUCAGACCUCAUCACUAUGAAUUUCUUUUCAUAGUUUCUUCCUGUGCAUCAGACUAUCUUAUCAUCAUAUGUUUUCAUAUAGCACAACUAUAUUCUGAUAGUUUAACUCAGAGCAUGUGAGCUCACUUUGUGCAUAGUAGAGAGUCUUAUCUUAUUCACUGCCGCACCAGAAGGCUGGUGUGUGUGUGUGUGUGUGUGUGUGUGUGUGUGUGUGUGUGUGUGUGUGUGUGUGUGUGUGCUUCAGGGCGCUGGAAUUCAGUGCACUAUUUUAUUUGAUUUUUUAAUUUAAUGGAAUCACAUUGUGUUUUGUUAUGUAAAUGAGACGCCCUGAAUAAUUCUCUCUUGUGUUAUACGUCUGAGAUGUUUGACUCUGUGUUAUUAAUGAUUGAGAAUAAUAGCAGUACACCUCACUAAUAAAUGGCCUCAGAGUUUGCACCUCAUGCACUUAGGGGGUCUUUGCUCCAGCCCCACCUAAACACACUUGAUUCAGCCAACUGAGGUCUUUAUGCAGUGUUUAUUUUUUUUGUUCUUACAUAAUCCUUAUCUUAUUUUUUUGUAGUUUUACUUGACAAUGUCUCAAUAUUUUAGUCAUAUCACUUUUGGUCACAAUUUCAUCUUUUCUUUUUCUA